AUGCACCGAACUUUUAUCAAUAAACUUGGAACAUAUAGAAUAUUUCAAGCAGAUCAUCUUAGAGCAGCUAGAAGAGUUGAAAAUGAAGUCGCUGGACAACUUGAAAAUGACGUCGUUGGAGAAGUUAGUGAAAUUGAAUAUGGGCGUCGUGAAAGAUUUGAACCUGGUCUAGGCCUUGGUGCCAGACCUGCUUAUAAACCUGAAAGGAAUGUCUGUAUUCUAUGGACACCACAGUCUGCUAUGGCUUAUCAACAAUUUCUUAGUCGUAUGGGAAAUAUGGGAAAUAUGGGUGGUUACUCUAUGGGCGGCAUGGGAGGUAUGAAUGGUUUACCUAUGGGCGGCAUGGGGGGUAUGAAUGGCUCACCUAUGGGCGGCAUGGGGGGUAUGAAUGGUUCACCUAUGGGUAACUUUGGUGGCCUCGAACCAAAAAUCCGUGUCAUCUAUCCUAUGUGA